AUGACGUCGGCGAUCGCAGCUGAAUCGAGUGGUAUUUCGCGUGGACCGCGCACACGCUUCACCGAAGUAUCUUCUCGCAUCUUCGAAGAGUACAAUCGAGGUCCGGAUGUCUGGUCCAUGUUCAAUCCUUUGGUCUUUCCAACUGCCAAGAACUUGGGUCAAGGCUUCAUGAAUUGGCAGCCGCCUUCCUUUGUUCUCGAAGAGUUGAAGAAGGAUGUGGGUGAGAGGACGGACGUGCAUCAUUAUUCGCACCCCAAGGGUAGGCCUAGACUUAGAAAGGCUCUCAGCAAAUACCUUAGCAAAAGCCUUAGGGUACCGGACGUCAGCAAAGGCGACCUUUUCGACCAAGGCCAACUGCCGCAACUCCGAUCGGAAUCGGAUAGACUGCUGGACCCGGAGACUCAAGUUCUCGUCACUGCUGGUGCAAACGGGGGCAUGUAUGCGGCCCUCAAUGCGUUCCUCGAGCCAGGUGAUGAAGUGAUCGUUUUUGAGCCUUUCUUUGAUCAGUACAUCUGUGAAAUCACCUACUGCGGAGGCAAGCCAGUGUACGUGCCAUUGAUCCCACCAUCCAAGCCAGGAGGCGGCAAUGCGGGAGCAGAUGAAUGGAAAGUCGAUUGGUCGGCUCUCGAUGCCGCACUUGCUUCUGGCAAAGUGAAAGCCAUCAUCUUCAACACGCCCCACAAUCCCAUUGGCAAAGUCUUCGAGUUGGAGGAGCUGCAGCAGUUGGCACGCCGAUGCGUAGAGAGGGACCUGCUCGUAGUUUCUGAUGAGGUGUACGACUGCCUUACCUUUGAUGGCAAGGAGCACAUUCGUAUCGCCGCGCUGGAAGGAAUGUGGGAUCGCACUGUAACAGUCGGCUCGGCCGGCAAAUCUUUCGCUGCUACGGGCUGGAGAAUAGGCUGGGUAGCUGGCGCAGAGCACCUCAUCAAGCCCACGCUGGUCAGUCACACCAGAAUAGUGUUCACUUGCAACUCGGCAGCAAGCGAAGCAGCGGCAGCAGGUCUGGAAUACGCCAUUCAAUCCGACUUCUUCGACCAGCAAAGCAAAGAGUACGAGGCUAGGAGGACAAAGUUGACAAAUAUGUUGGACAAGCUCGGAUUGCCGUACACUUUGCCUCAUGGCGCUUACUUCAUCAUGGCGGACAUGAGCCGCCUGCAGAUUCCGGAGGGAUUCGAGUUCCCCAAGGACGUGGCUUCGAAAGCGAAGGAUUUCCAGCUCGCUUGGUUCGUUGCCAAGAUCGCUGACGUGGUGACAAUUCCGACCACCGCUUUCGUUUCGGAUGAACACUGGCACUUGUACGAGAACUUCCUUCGCUUUGCCUUCUGCAAAGACGGAGGCGAGAUCGAGGAGGCUGCCGUCAGACUCGAAAAACUGAGGCCUUAUCUCAAGAAGUAA